AGGCGCCAUCUGAUCCGACGUUCCACUGCAAAAGCGGAACCACCAUCCCCACCACGGCACCACCUCCUCCACCCCUUUCCAUUUCCCUCCACCAGGAGCAGAGCACGCAGGCAGCAUCCACUCUCAGUCUCAGGCCGUCUCCCUCCCCCUAGGCCCUAGCUCCUCCAGUCUCCACCUCGGUGCUCCGGCCUCGACCACCCGGCAAUGGGCUCAGCCUCAGGUGAUGAUGCUCUCGGGGAGCACCUGCUGCUGGACGUGGACGGCCCCGCCAGCGGCGGCGGCGGCGCGGCGGCGCCCAAGAUACGGGUGCGCGGGCUGCGCCGCCUGGCGGACGGGGCGGCGGGCGACGAGAUCCUGCGGGGCGUCGACCUGGACGUCCCGCGCGGCGUGGUGAUGGGCGUCAUCGGGCCCAGCGGCAGCGGCAAGUCCACGCUGCUCCGCGCGCUCAACCGCCUCUGGGAGCCCGCCCCCGGCGCCGUGCUCCUCGACGGCGCCGACAUCCGCGGCAUCGACGUCCUCGCGCUCCGCCGCAGGGUCGGCAUGCUCUUCCAGCUCCCCGCCAUGUUCGAAGGAACCGUGGCGGACAACGUGCGCUACGGGCCGCAGCUGCGCGGCAAGAAGCUCACAGAAGCCGAAGUGAAGAAUCUGCUGAGCCUGGCGGACCUGGACCCUGCUCUGUCCUCCAAGCCGGCCUCCGAGCUGUCCGUCGGCCAGGCGCAGCGCGUCGCCUUGGCGCGCACCCUCGCCAACGACCCCGAGGUGCUCCUGCUGGACGAGCCGACGAGCGCACUGGACCCCAUCUCCACGCAAAACAUCGAGGAGGCCCUCGUGCGACUGAAGAAGGCGAGGGGGCUCACCACGGUGAUCGUCUCCCACAGCGUGAAGCAGAUCCAGCGCAUCGCGGACUUGGUGUGCCUCGUCGUCGCCGGCGAGAUCGUGGAGGUGCUAGCGCCUUCCCAGCUGUCCGACGCCAAGCACCCCAUGGCCAGGCGCUUCUUGGAGCUCAGCGGCUAAAUGCUCUCGCAUCCAUUUCCUCCGAGCAAGAGGAGGAUCUAAAGUAGGAGUAUAUCGUAACUCGGAUUUGUAACUGUAAUCUUGAUACGAUGGAUGCCUUUGCUAGGUGUUGGGGCGGGAAAGGAUCGGAGGUGGUGGUCGGUCAUCUUUCUGAUCUCAUCUCAUGUUCUACCAUGUUUUUUUUUGGACGUGUACAAACUGUAAAGUAUCUUCGAGUGCUAAGAGUGUGUGCAAGUCAAACAUGUUAUCGGAGGAUUAUCUUCGUCUCUGAACCUCCAAAUUCAUGGUGUUGGUCAUUUUUUUUACAUUCAAA